CAACCGUCCAACAUCUGCUGCUGCACUGCUGGCGAUGAUCCGAGGAAGCAAACUAUACGCGCAAUGCGUGAAAGUGAAAACGGAAGAAUAAAUCAAGAGCUCAAGCUGGGACAUCACCGCAGAAAAGCACUAUAAAAGCCCAAGAAUAUACCACUGGUCCAAACAAGAUGACCUGCCGACCGCUUUCGACGUUGAUUCAGGUUCUCCUGGGACUGCUGAUCGCCACCGGAGUGGCCUCCCAGGCUCCCGCCAGCGAGUUCACGUUCGGGACGUAUCUGCCUACGCUGACACCGUGCUACAGUACGAAUGUCAACAAAAAAAUCGUCACCCUGGGUCCCGUUUCCGAGAUUGUGGGAUUUACACCGAUGAGUAAUGUACGAUACAUCCGAGUUUGGUCAGACAAUUUGCUGCCAUUUUACGCGACGUUUCUUUCCGUUUUACCUGUUCGAAUUCAGCUUUCAUCAAUUUUCGGAGGAAAACUCAACGCAAAUGUUCAAAUUUAUUGUGUGUGAACGUGAAGUGAUAUAUGUAAUGAACUGAUUAAAUAAAACUGA